UAGAGUCCACCAGAAGGUGAGCAGACCCCCAAGUGUUUGUCAGAUCGGGGGUGGUCAGACCACUAAAUCCAGACCUUUUUGCUACUCGCAAAGCGAACGGCGCCGUGUUUGGUGGCGAUGAAUUGUAAAAUCAGUUGAAAGGAGGAGCGCUUUGAGGACCUGCGAGCGAUGAACCCCUUUGGGGGCUCGUCCGGGCCUGGCGGGUCCGGCACAUCUCUCAAAGGCUCAGCGGCGGGGGCGGCGCGGGCUUUGCUCUUCGGAAUACUUUUGGCAAGCGCCUCAUGCUGUCCCACCGGCUGCCAAUGCACGGAAAAGAGCGGCACGACGACGGUCCGGUGCACCUCCGGGAACUUGGAGGCCAUCCCGUCGGACCUCCCGAGAGACACCGUGGCUCUCCUGUUGGCCUCCAACCACAUCACCAAGAUCCCAAACUACGCCUUCCGACGGCUCGGCCGCCUCCAGGAGUUGGACCUGUCCGACAACGACAUCGAGACGGUGGAGGCGGCGGCCUUCCACGGCCUGGCCGACAGCCUGCAGGCGCUGGACUUGGCCAACAAUCGCAUCCGAAGCGUCCCCAAGGAGGCCUUCGCUCACCUGCGAGCCAAAAUCAACCUCUCCGACAACCCCUGGCACUGCGAGUGCGUCCUGCAGGAGGUUCUGCGGGAGCUGCGGCUGGACCCGCAGUCGGCGAAGGACGUGGUGUGCCGCACGGCCGUGCAGGAGGAAUACGCCGGCCGCUCGCUUAUCCAAGUCCUGGACUCGGGGAUCAACUUCUGCAACUUUCACCGCAAGACCACCGACGUGGCCAUGUUCGUCACCAUGUUCGGCUGGUUCGGCAUGGUCAUCGCCUACGUCGUUUACUACGUCAGGCACAACCGGGAGGACGCCAGGCGCCACCUCGAGUACCUCAAAUCUUUGCCCGGCGGAGCUCGCGUGGCAAAGGAUUUGGACACCGUCAGUACUGUUCUCUAGCGGGACGCUUGGAUUGCCUGUCGAGUCAAAGUGACGGAAACAUUUCUUUUGAAGGCUUUUUAUGCGUUUUUUAAAGUGAAGACGACAUUUCCCUGACCGGCUGCUCGUCGCCGUCGCAGAAGCGGCUUCGGCUAUCACCUUUAUAAUGGUUGCCUUUUAUCGUUGCGGUCCGUGGCAGGCAGAUUUUGUCCUUUGUGUGGCGAUCCCAAACCAGACUGUUUUCAAGGAACACAGGACUGAUUUGGCUUUCUCUCUUUCCACCAGAUGGCAAUGACAACAUUUGACUGACUUUGUCUUCCUCUAGUGGUGCAAACGAGGCGUUGCAAGUCAUUUACUUGAGUUUCGAUUUUGUGAUGUGGGUCUAAAUUCGGCUUCCUAUCUUGUUCAACCGCGUCCACGGGAGAGAAUAUGCGCACAUAUUUUGUUCAUGUAACAAUAUGACAAGAAGAAAAAUGGCGCAAACCUCAAAAUCAACACCUUGAUACUAAAUUUUCUCAAUGGGAAUGAAGACAAUAGCGGAACACGACCAACAGACUGUAAUUGUUGAUGAUGAUAAAACGACCGCAGUACAGGAACCGAAUGAAAAUAGAAUUCAAGUGAAAUAGAAAACGUCCUCGCGAAGCCUCGAGGGGCUGAGUGCUAAUGUAAGCUUAUGUUAUAUUAUUAAUUAUCAUUUUAUGUUAGAGCAUCAUAUUAUUUCAUGUUAAGCAUACCUAAAUUAUAUUCUGUUGUUUAAUAAUUGCUUAGACAUUUUUUUUAUGUUGAUAGGUUCUGAUUGGUUGGUAAAGUCAGAGAAGCCGGAAGUGAUUUUGGUUAGACAUUUUUUUUAUGUUGAUAGAUUCUGAUUGGCUGGUAAAGUCAGAGAAGCAGGAAGUGAUUUUAGUUACGGGGGGUUGUGUUCUCGAACAUGCUGCGGUGCAGACGUUUCCCCCCCCCCCUUUUAUGAAACUGCAUUGAAGGAUUCCAUCCAUCCAUCUGUCAUUCGUAAAGAAGAGCCAUCCACUGAAAAACAACGAACCCCUCAACUUAAACUAAUGACGCCCCCGAGACUCACACACACAAACACACGCACACACGCCCCCUCCUUCCCUCGGUUGCGUCCCAAGCGAAGCUGACAGCGAAGAAGAUGAAUGCCCCACGGAGAAGUUACUGAGGACGCUUGUGGGUUCGUUUUGUGGCUGAAAGCAUUUGCUUUUCUCCGUCUUCUUGUUCGUGUUUUUCUUUUUCUUUUUCACCAAAACAUGUUGGUGUCGUUUUUGCUCUCUGCUGUGAUUUUAUGCGAGAGCGAAGCUUCGGGCGAGUUCGCCCCCACCGGAGCCGGGGCGAGAGUGCCAACAUCUCGCCUGCAUGUCGAUGAGGAGGAGGACGCCGGAAACUUUUCCGCACGGCGAGUCGUCGAGCCCUCUGCAGCGCCAAGUGCCGUCCACCGAGUUCUGAGGCGUUUGGCCGAGUAUAAGCAGAGAAUCGGGCUGGCUCAAACACUUCCGGCGCAGUCGCACUUGGAAGUGCACCAAAUGCAAUCCACCCCCUUGACUCGCUUCCAUCCUCGACCUCCUCUGGCGCUCAGCCUUUUCUCACCAGAGUUUCAAUGGAACCGGUUCAAAAAGGAACCUUUGUAUUGGCUCAAAAGGUCACGUGUUUUUGCUUUGGUUUGACUUUCUGAAGAGUUGCAAGUUGCCACGAGAUGGCGCCAAAUCUUCCCCUAAAAUCGGGUCUAAACCGGUCCCUUGGGUACACGCCCACAUUUAGCGAUUUUUUUUCUUUCGCUCGGCAAAAAUAUAGCAUUUUAUAAAAUGAGGCUUCAAAAUGGUUGUCGUCAUUCCCAGUUAGCGUUUACCAUCAAAUUCAACAUGAAACAAAGUCGUAUUUAGAACGUUGCCUUUUGCUACCUUAAUGCUAACAUACAGUUUCAUUGAACGCGCCAGUUACAUGCUGACAACAUGUGUCGGUAGUUUAAACAC